AUGAUCAUCCCCUCCCGACUCCUCCUCCGGCGCCUGCGACAGAGGAGGCGUUCCAUCAUCGCCCUGCUGCUCUUCUUCUUCACCAUCGACGUCAUCCUGCUCCUCCGUCACCGACCGAUCACCUCCCGAACGACCCUCCCCUCCCUCAAGCGCCAUGGACUUCGCAGCAGCGGCAGCAGCAGCAGCACCGACCUUCACGGGCCCGGCGCCGCCGGCAACGAAACCUUCUUCAUAGUCUCGGUCCACCGCAACACGGGGGCGAUCCUCCCAGGCUGGGGCACCGCGGUUCUCGCCCUCGUCGACUACCUCGGCCCCGCCAACGUGUACUUCUCCGCCCUCGAGUCCGGCUCGCAGGACGACACAAAGGACAAGCUGACGGCCCUCAAGGCCCAGCUCGACGCGCGCCGAGUCCCCAACACCGUCACGCUCGGGCAGACGGUCUGGGAGCAGCUCGACGACAUGUGGGCCCGGCCGGCCCCGGACGCCCCGCGCCAGGAGGGCUGGAUCUGGAACCAGGAGGACAAGGUCUACGACAAGCGGCGCAUCACCUACCUGGCCCGCGAGCGCAACCGCGCCAUGGAGCCGAUGCGCGAGCUGGAGGAGAAGCAAGGCGUCACCUUCGACAAGGUCCUGUGGAUCAACGACGUCAUCUUCGACGUCGACGACUUCGUGACGCUGCACAACACGCGGGGCGGCGCCUACGCCGCCGCAUGCAGCAUGGACUACAAGCACCCGCCGGCCUACUACGACACCUUCGCCCUGCGCGACGGUGAGGGCCGCAAGACGGCCAGCAACUACUGGCCGUGGUUCCAAGCGGGGCCCGCGCGGGACGCGGCCUCCCGCUCGGAGCCGGUGCGCGUCGCCUCGUGCUGGAACGGCAUGGUCAUCUUCGACGCGGGGCCCUUCCGCGCCGACCCGCCCCUGCGCUUCCGCGCCAUCCCGGACGCCCUCGCCGACCUGCACCUCGAGGGCAGCGAGUGCUGCCUCAUCCACGCCGACAACCCGCUCAGCGCCGAGACGGGCUCCGGCGGAGGGGUGUGGCUCAACCCCAACGUGCGCGUCGGCUACAGCGACCCCGCCUACGAGGCCGUCCGCGCGGUGGACGGAGAGAAGUUCCCGGGAGCAUGGGCCACCGUCGUGGGUGCCUGGGCCCACCGCUGGCUGGCGUGGAGGGCCGGCCUGUCUCACCACGUCGAGAGCGCCACUGUUACGAAGAGGCUGCGGCAGUGGGUGGCUGAUGCUCCUGAGGGUGAGCCCCGGCGAGAGCCUGGGGUUUCGUGCCUCAUCAACGAGAAGCAGAUCAUGUGGAUGAACGGGUGGCGGCAUCUAUAA